CAACAGCAAAUUAGCCAAUCAGAUUGCGAGAUUAGUAGCAAUUGUGGUGAAAAUGUUUCAGUUUUCCACAGUUUCUUUACCAACCUCUCUCAGAUCAGAGUUCUCGAGCCUACUUUGCUUGUGGUCAGCAGCAUCUUUAAAAUGCGAAUUUAAAAUGGCGGCGGCAGAAGGGAAGUUUGUUUGGUUGGAAACGCUUCGAAAAGCGAGAAAGACGAGUCUUGUUCAAGAUGGUCGACGUAAAGUCCAUUACACUUUCCCUGAUGAAACAGAGAUGGUGGAAGAGUAUGAUGUAUCAUCUGGAGAACUAUUGGUAAGGAAGUGGAAGAAGAAGUCUAGUGUAGGAAGAGAAGGCAAAUGGGAAUAUGAGAUAGGUGAAGACAUGAGACCAGUGAACCUAGAUGUGGAAAAUAUCAAUGAAAGUAGAGGAAAUCCAAUUUGCACAAGAAAAGAUAAUAGCAAAGCAUUUCAGUGGAGGAUAAGAAACCUUCCCUAUCCUCUGAAUGUGUACAGUGUGACGGUUGAUGAUGACAAGCAGUCCAUUACAGUAAGGACAAGCAACAAAAAAUAUUUUAAAAGAUUUCAUAUUUCUGAUAUGGAAAGAGCAAAAUUAAAUCUGGAACAGAGUGCGAUCUCCAUAGCUCAUGCAAAUAACACUCUCAUCAUAACAUACCAAAAGCCCUCGCUGAUACUAGAACAGGAAAAGGUAGUUCGACAGGAACUGGUCAAAAUGAAGUCAAGUCGUGAUGGAGAUGUGGAAUGCAAGCCAAGCUGACAGGAAAAACGUUCGUCAUUAGUAGAGGAUGCCGUGAACAUUUUCCCUUCAAUUUAUGGUAAAGAGCAAAGCAUUCGCUGUCACUCAUCAUCCACAGCGGUUUGAAUAUUUGUCUUGAAAAAAUAUUUACAGAUGCAAAUAUCUCAGGUCCGUCGAUAGGAAUCUGUCUGAAAUCCUAAGCCGUCCUUAUUAAGAGAGCUCCUUAUAAGCAAAGGAAAGCGAAGAAACAAUCAGUAGAGAUUUUAUGGGGAGGACUUUGAACAAUCAAUAUAGAAGAGACGGUGGUGAUGAUGGGGCAUUUUGAAAAGAUUCCGAAUUCUCGUUUUCUGGGUGUGGUUUCAAUUCACUUUCAAACUUAACUGCCUGUUUGGCAGUUACCAGCUCAAGAACGAGAAGUGGUCAAUUGCAUAUAAUUUUUUUUUUCAUUAUUUAUUAUUAUUAUUUUUUUUUAACAAGGACGGUUGAUCACUUCCCUGUCUUUAUAUGGAUUCUCUCCUCCCCGUGAGUAACUGCCAAGUCAAAAUAUUGCAUGUCGCCUGCGUAGCGUUGUACAGUUUAACAGAGAGGUCACGAAUCUCUCAGUUGCUGCUCCUGUUACUACUAAUCUCUAUGAAACCAGCAGUUACCACAAUAUUUUGAUAAACCUCAGAUGUCUACAUAGAGUGUAGAAACUAUUGCGAGAUCCUCAGAUUAAGGGUUGCUGAUCAUACACAGAUUGCACGGAUCGCUUAACCUCAUUCACGUCUCUCACUCGAAUGGUCCGAUGAUACACCAGGGCAGCCUCCACCCUAAGCCGCAGAAAUUUGAAAACACAGCUAUAUUUCUACGAUUAGACCUACCGUCCAUUCUAACCCGUCACGAAAACGAACCUUUUCGAAAACGCCCUUCAAAACGCUGGCUUUGCGUUUUAGUGUGAACAGAAAGCAUUAAAAACGGAGCAUUUCGAAAACGUCAGAGUCACGACAAUCAUGUGAUUCCUCUGCCCGAGUUUUCCUCAAACACAAAUCCAAAAUGACCGGUGGUCGUUGCGUUUUUAAAUUUCUCCGGCGUCGUGUGGACAAAAAAUAUUUGAUGCGUUGUAAGAGUGAAACCUUUUUCAAAUUCUUCCUGCGUAGUGCAGACGGGGCCUAGGUUUUAUUUGCUGACAAGAGUUCAACGGACCUGGGGCCCGUUUCUCGAAAGCCCCGGAAACUUUUCGGGCCCAUAAAGCCACUUUCAGUUCACCUGUAUCUAAAAACGGAGUGGAGUAUACGCCUGAAACUUCUUGACUGAAGGGAACCUCUGUUCAUAUUAAGAAUACGCGAAUAAAACAGCUCUGUAAUCAUAUGCUUCGAGAUUUUGCUGUGACUUUCCGGUGCGAAAACUUUUCGGGACCUUCGAGAAACGGGCCCCUGACCGCAAUAACCGCCUCAUGGUGUGCAGGUAACUGGCACGGAAAAAGGAAACAGAAAGGAAUGUUAGAACUUUGUUGUCUUUAUAUGAUUGUCUCAAUUUCAUGUUGAGUACACUGUAAAUGAGACUAAUUUACAUUUUCAACGAAGUCAUACUUUUUUUACCGUUACUACAUUUUGUUGCAGUUAUUCUAGAUUUAGAUUGGUCCACUUGCCUGGACAGUGCACGAGUGUACAUAAGCCAAACACAAGUAAUCCCUAUUACCAGUGGAAACAAAGGAAGCCAUAUGUUCUCAAUAAAUAUGACAUAGUUCA